AACAAAAGACCUCAUAAACGAGGAACACAUUGGAGAGGAACGGCAGCUUUUGGAUAGAAUUCCUGUUAAAGCUGAUUGCAAAAUGAGUUUAAAAUCUAGGAAAGCAUUUUCACAUGCAUUGACUAGGGUCAGUUCACAGUUUUUCUGAAACAAAGGUUUUUUGUUUUGUUUAUUCAGAGUGUAUUCAAGCGUCUAACUAUUGUGUGAGCGGAAGGGACUAAAAAAUGCCUUCAGGUACCAAAAAGUCAAGAUCUCAAAGUGCCAAGCCUGCAGCAAAGAGCAAAAGCAAGCGUUCUUCCAAGAAGAGGUCUGUCAGUGCCAAAUCCACAAAGGCAGAUGUGGAUAUUCUAAGUCCAGCUGCCAUGGAGAACGUCUACUACAUCUCCCAUAAUGCAGUGGACUGCUUGGAGUUCAGAGGAUUUGGCUGGACUGGAGCCACCAAGAAGAAAGGAAAAAAGGGCAAAAAACAAAAGAGCAAAAAAUGAAAUGUACUUUUGUGCCAAUUAAACUGUCUGUAAAUAUAAUCAACACAAAUAUCUUAUUUAUUCGAUUAUUUCACUUCUUUCAAUGGCCAGUUGUUGCAUUAUAAAGUGGCCAAUUUUAUUAAUUUUAGCCAAAAAUGGAUUUGUAAAAUGUUGCAUUUAUCUCGGCUGAUUCUUUAUUUUUGAUUUAUUUAUCCCAUCAUAUAAAACUUGUUACAACCCAAUAAAUGUUGAAACCUUCCAACUGGCUUUCUGAAACUCUAUAUAAGGUGAUAAAC